AUGGCAGAGAUGACUUGCAAAAGUUGCCAACUUCUGGAGGGAACCGGUGCCAGAAAUUUUAUCGCCUCGAUGGACGCUUUUAUCUUUGAUUGUGAUGGUUAGUGACAUACCAAGCUAGAAUGGUGUUUAGGUAUAUCAUUGUACCGAAAUCAUGUUCAAUCUCAUUAUAUCCAAGGGGUCCUUUGGAAUGAAGCUGGUCCCCUAGAUGGUGUGGUGGAAGUUUUGCAAGAGCUUCGAAGAUUGGUGAGAAGAAGUAUUUCGAUCGAUGACUUUAUUUUGUUUCUAAACAAGGAUUAUUUCCUCAAUCCGUCAUUUAGUCUUUUUCUAACGUUAGGUUCUUUCAUAAAUUCAGCCAAGCAAUCACUGCAAUGUGAUCAACUGCACAUUAGUCCCACCAGUAUAUUAGUUAAGGACUAAUAUGCAGCUGAAUCCAUAUAGAUAUUAAAUAUGACGUUAUGGUACUGGAAUUGUUUUAAGCUUAAAGAGUAACCCAUUGUUUCCAACAUUGUCUUACAAAUGCUGUUAUUUAAAAAGUUGCUAAGCAUCAUGGCCUCUUACCCUUUAUAUAACAACUUUUCUAUCGUCUUUCCAUCCAUUACUAACCUGUCAGCACACCAAGAAGCAAUGCAGGAAGGCCUUUUGAACUUAAUUAGUUAUUUUUGCAAUAUUUGGAGAAACAGAUUGUGUGGUAGCUGUGCACUAGGGCAGUCCCUCUAGUUCAGAUGUGUGGCUUAGUUGUGGAAUUGGGUGAAUGGGGUGAAUAAUACUUUUUUACAUGUAACUUUUGUGAUCAGACUCAAUGGUAAAUGAUUUCUCCAGCAUACUUCUCCAUGAAAUGACCCCCGCCCAUGGUAAAAUGUUUGAUCAAGCUAGUAAUGUUUACAUGCACUUAAGUUUUCUUUUGUUUUGACUGAAAUUAACCAUUCAAUUUUUGUUUUAGGGUAAAAGGGUUUUUUUUGCUACUAAUAAUAGCUCCAAGUCAAGAAUGGCAUAUCUCAAGAAAUUUGAGAAAUUUGGAAUUGUAGCUUAUGAGGUAAAAUGGAAAAAUUUUCUUAUUAUCCUGAACUUCAUAAAGCAAAUUUAUCCUUUUUAGUUAAUGUUUGUUCUCUCUAUUGCUGAACAAACAAGUUCUAAACACAGACAUAUUCAUAAUUACUGCAUCAAUACACAUUAUUAGUACAUACUUCCUUUUUCUCUCUUUUCCCUCCUAUUUUUCAUCAUUGUUUACUUCUCUUUUACCCUCUUCCACCUCACUUAAUAAUCUGAGUACCAGCUGAAAUUUAUCCUCUUAACUUCUUCACUGCUUUUUCAGUUGAGGAAUGAGCCAUGUCUGUGUUAUUUUAGGUGUUUUCAGCUUUUUGUUUUAUUUCAGGAAGAAAUCUAUGGAACAGCAUAUGCUGUUGCAUAUUAUUUAAAGGAGAUUCUGAAGUUUGACAAAAAAGUUUUUACAAUUGGCACAACAGGGAUGGUGGAGGAACUUGAUUCCAUGAAUAUUCAACAUACUGGUUCUGGUGUAGGUUGGAUCAUAUUUACUGCGAUAAGUUUUAAAGUUGCCAGUAAUUAAUAAAUUAUAGGAAAAAGUCAUUGUGCACGCAUUGUAGGUAUAAAUACAUCCCAAGUAGGUGAAUAAUUAUUGUCUCUGCAAAAUAUUCUGGUGUCCCAAUAAUGAUGUGCUCAUUUGAACAUCUAUCUUUCAAAUGACAUAUGGGAGAUGAAUUUCCACAGACAGAGCUCCAUGAAUACCUGAAUGAUAGUAUUUUUUCAUACAUCUACAAAUCUUUGUUGAUAUAUUUUUCUGUUGUACUUAAUUUGUCUAUUUACAUGUAUUUGUUAUUAUAUUGUGACCUUGACUUUUUCAAAAAUUCUUGUUGUGGCUUAUAUUUUUAAACUGUUCAUAGUACAUACCAUAUAUUUCUAUUACACAUCUGCAAUGUUUUUCACAUGGCUUAUUUGAAUGGUAAUUUAAAUUACUUUUAGCCUGAUCAGUCAACUGGUGGCUAUAAUCUACAAGAGUGGGCUUCAUUUGAGUUGGACCCUGAGGUAUAUGUAACAAGAAUACUACUUUUACUUUUAGUUUAUCUUAUUAAUGUCCCCAACAUGUAUCUCACUGGGUUAUUCUUUCCCAGAUGUAGAAUAUUCUUGUUAUUCUGCUAUCUUUGGAUCUCAUAUCUUGACAUGAUUAAGGGCUGAAGCUCUAUGUCUAUGUUACCAAUGACAAUUAAAGAUUCACUUGUUUUGUUUAAGGUUGGAGCUGUUAUCUGUGGAUUUGAUGAGCACUUCAGUUUCCACAAGCUCAUCAAAGCAGCCAGUUACCUUGCCAAAGAUUCCUGUUUGUUCAUUGCCACAAAUCUAGAUGACAGGUUUCCAUUCAACCAGAAUGGUGUGGUUAUUCCAGGUGAUCACAUUUUCCUUUUUUUUUUGUUAGCUGAUGAUAUCACACAUUAUUUCUUUACAAGAUUAGUGAUAGAAAUUUAGAAUGUAAUAGAUUUUAUCUGGUUUAAAAAACCUACAGAUUUCUCAGUCUUCUUUGCUGGUUUUUUUUUUACUUUCUUGCCAUCAGAAAUGUCCCAAAGACUUUGAAUGAUAAUAAUAAUUUUGUAAUUACCAUUUGAAUUAAUCAACAAAAUAAUAAUUGAAUUUCAGGGACAGGUUGCUUGGUGAUUUCUGUGGAAGCAGCAGCUAGAAGGAAAGCUAAAGUGAUAGGGAAACCUGAGAGAGUCAUGUUUGAGUGUAUUCAAUCACGGUAAAUAAUAUUAAUAGUAACAUCAUUUAAUUUGUAAAGUGUAUUAAAUUAGCUAUCAGGUAUGUAAACAUUUUUCAUCAUAUUAUUAAUUGCUAAUGUUCUUUUUUUAACCAGGCAUGCUAUUGACCCUUCAAAGACUUGUAUGAUAGGAGACAGGUAAGUUUAUUAGAACACAAGUUGAUCCUUUGAUUCCCAGCAGUGAGCCAUAAGCAAUUUAUCCUAACAUUAUCCACACUUUGCCAAGUAGAGGAUAUUGUUUUUUAAUUUACGGGUAUUGCCAAAUUCUUAUGGCCCCAAACAUAGAAAUGCGUGGCACAUAGACCAUGGGAAUGAGAGGGUUAACCUUCUCUGAAGUCUUUCUUGACAGAGAUUAUCACCUUCUUAUGAUUACUUGGAAUGGUCCCAUUCAUGAAUUUCUGAUCAACACUUUGACAACCUUGAUCCCCUCUAUAACGACACUUUGUCUAAGGUACAUUUGACUGUAGUGAGAAACAUACUACACUCCUGGCAUUAAUUUGGUGUCAUUUAUUAUUUUAGGAGCAGCUUCUGUAGCUGUUUUGUUUUCCCUUCAAAAGCACAAUGGCAUGAAAAACAUUGACAGCCAAUUGGAGUAUGCCUUUGUUUUGGGGUUGGAUAGUCUCUAGGGAAUUCCCUAUACCUUUCACAUAUUCAAGUUCUGCAUUGUUGCUCACUUGCCGCCGUUUUUUUGUUUUGUUUUCCAAUUUUAUUUUAUAUAUUGACCAAUUCAGAUUGAACACAGACAUUAUGUUUGGAAACAACUGUGGAUUGAGGACUGUUCUAGUGCUGACAGGAAUCUCAUCCCUUAAAGAUGUUGAAAAUGUACAGACCUCAGUCAGUCCAGACAAUAUGAAUUUAGUACCAGAUUUUUAUAUGCCAAGUUUAGAAUCACUGAAAUCAUCACUCAACAUAUAAUUAGCCAUGGAAGGUAAAUGGCUUGCCUAAUUUACCAGUAACAACUGAUAUUUGAAUAAAUCAAGUUUUCUUGAUUGUUGUGAGAUGAGGGCAAGACCCAUGUUUUGUUCAGUUUCUUUGGUGUAAUGUGGUAUAGAGUGUCCGCUAUAUUUUCCUUAACUAACAUGUUCUGUCAAUAAGCCUAACCUGGUCUUUGAAUAAAGGAAGUAGGUUUCUAAUGAAACUGUGGUGCUGCAUCAGUGGGGGAGUACAACAAGAUCAUUUUGGUUUUAUCAACUGAGAUGAUAAUGUAAAAUGGCCACUGUAAAGAGUUUUGCUAAAUUUAACUGCUCUUUAUUUAUUAAGAGUAAUUUUAUGAAUUGUGAACCAGACUAAAACUGGAAUCUUGGGAUUAUUAGGUUAGCUUAAAAUCUCUUCUAUGCAAUGAUUUUUGUUUUUACAAACUUAUUAUUUCCUCAUUUUUGUCCUGCAAGAAAUAGUAUUACACUUGAUUUUCAUUACAAUUUACUUUUCUUAAAGUUAAGACAGUGAUCAUUGAACCUUCAGUGGGGUUAUCUUGAGUGGUUUUAGUAGAAUUAAAACUUUUAUCAUCUGAGAAGAAGCUGGACUUUAGGUAAAAAGAAAAUAAAAAUUAAAACAGUACU